UCUCUUAAGUCUCAUCAACUCUUUGUUUCCGAUCCCUUACGCGUUCUUCUUGUUCGAUUGUUUGGCGACUCUUUCUCUCUGUCUAAAAUCAAUGGAUUACGAUUUCAGGAACAGGUUGAAUCCACCUUACAAUUCACAAUCCUCCUCCGUCUACAAUAACAGGCCAUCAUCAUCUCCGAUGCAGCAAUCGCCUCAUUCGAUGUACGGACCGUCCUCGCUUUACCCUAAGAUCGGUCAAUCCGGUGGUGGUGUCCAUCCUCCGCCCCCGAGAAAUAACACUUCCUCUUCUUCCUCCUCAGGAAUGGGGAUUAUGGUUACCUUAAAACCAGAAUUUCGGAUUACACCACCGCCUCAAAUGUCUCCACACAUUGGAGAAAUUCCUCGAAGCACAUUUCAGUUUGACUUUGAACUAGAGAGGAAGAUACUUGCUGAAGCAGAGAAGGAAAACCCAAACUGGAGCAAGCUUGGGCUGGAAAACUUUCCUCGUAAAACUGCAAAACCAAUAUCUCGUGCAAACUCUAGUGUAGACCCAGUGUCGGGCAAAUACAUAGCGACAGGUCUUAAUAGAGAUGCAGUGCCUAUUGCUGUUGCCAAAUACGGAGAUAAUCCAAUUAAGGUUAGGGAAUUUGUGAAUGGCUACACGGUGUUGCGAGAAAUGGGGUUUGAAGCCAAUAGUGUUGCUGAAGCAUUAUUUGCCCAUGAUAAUGAUAAGGAGGCUGCAGCUCAUUAUCUGAGCGGUUCAUCCUGAGAGGGCCACUACCUGUCGUAUAUCAUUUAUAUUCCCUUUGUGUGUUUGAUUGUAAAAUGGGCUACUUCUGAUUAUCUGGUUUUAUGUCUUUGUAAAUUGAAGUGUCACCAAUGACUUGUGAUGUGUGGAUUAUUGAUUGUUUACAAAGUUGAGAAGUAGAAGAUAUUGGAAAACUGAAUAGAUAAUGUCUUAAA